GAGAUAGAUACAGGGGUGUGUGCUGUGUCAGUGCUGAGUUUUGCCUUGCCCUGCACGGCAGCUUCUUAACCUCUUUAUUUUAGUGCCCGUGGCUUUGGAUGUGCUCAUCCGUUCUCAGAGGAUAGACCUGGCUUCACACGUAUGAAUGGAUCAGUCUCAGCGGUAACUAAUUUGCCUCGGAUGACACCAAGGAAACAGACUUCUGAAGUAACAUCAGCCGUCUUCUUGCUGCUGGUUUCCCGUUAUUGACUGAUUGAUUAUCAUUCUCCUGUGGACAAGACAGCUGCCAGCGUGAACCUGACUUCAUCUUGACACUAAACGAACAUUGUGCCGUUUCCCCGGUGACUCUACAGAGGGACUUUUAUCUCCAGGUCUCCCUCCAGAGGAACUCUGCAGGGCGGCCACCGAAAGGAACAUGUGCUAGAAGUCGAACAUCUGUCCUAAUCGACUGGUCGGCUUUGACUCUAGAAAAUGAGCAAUGAGGAUGAGUUCUACGACGCCGUCACAGGCCUGGACUCAGAUGAGUCGUACGAGGGGGUGUCAGAGGCCAGUUUCAAAGAUGCACAGGUGUCUGAUAGCAGCAGGCAGAAGAACAAUGGAUCAGUACCACAGGCCAAUGGCAUCAAGAAACACAGGACAUCUUUACCCGCACCCAUGUUUUCCAGGAGCACGAUCAACAUCUGGAGUAUCCUGAAGAAAUGUAUCGGGCUGGAACUGUCCAAGAUUACAAUGCCCAUUGCCUUCAACGAGCCUCUGAGCUUCCUGCAGAGAAUCACAGAGUACAUGGAACAUACUUACCUCAUCAACAGAGCCUGCUCGCUGUCCGACUCCAUAGAGCGCAUGCAGGCAGUAGCUGCUUUUGCUGUGUCAGCAGUUGCUUCCCAGUGGGACAGAACUGGAAAACCCUUCAACCCUCUGCUGGGAGAGACUUAUGAACUCACCAGAGAGGACCAGGGUUUCCGGCUGGUAUCAGAGCAGGUAUCCCAUCAUCCUCCAGUCAGUGCCUUCCAUGCAGAGAGCUUGACCGGGGACUUCGUGUUUCAUGGCUCCAUCUAUCCUAAACUCAAAUUCUGGGGCAAGAGCGUUGAGGCAGAGCCCAGAGGGACUAUCACACUAGAACUACUCAAGCUCAAUGAGACAUACACAUGGAGCAACCCUUACUGCUGUGUACACAAUAUCAUCCUGGGUAAACUAUGGAUAGAACAGUAUGGCACAGUGGAAAUACUCAACCAUAGCACUGGAGACAAGUGCGUGUUGACUUUCAAGCCGUGUGGGAUGUUUGGCAAAGAGCUGCACAAAGUGGAGGGAUACAUCCAGGACAAGAGUAAAAAGAAGAUCUGCGUCAUAUAUGGAAAGUGGACUGAGUGCAUGUGGAGUGUCGACCCUCAGACCUAUGAAGCCCACAAGAAGUCAGAGAAGAAAGGAGACAACAAAAAGCAUAAAAAUGAUGAGCUGGAGAGAGCAGAGAACGAUGAAGCAGAUGACAUGCCCGAAGUCCAAGAGACGGUGUGUGUGGUACCAGGCAGCACUCUGUUGUGGAGGAUAGACUCCAGACCGGCACUCUCCUCCACGAUGUACAACUUCACGAACUUUGCGAUGAGUCUCAAUGAGCUGGAGCCUGGCAUGGACACCACCUUACCUCAGACCGACUGCCGCUUCAGGCCUGAUAUCAGAGCCAUGGAGAAUGGCAACAUGGACGAGGCCAGUAAGGAGAAGGAGAGACUGGAGGAGAAACAGAGAGCUGCCAGAAAAGAGAGAGCCAAGAAUGAGGAGGAGUGGUCUCCUAGGUGGUUCCAGAUGGGUCCCAGCCCGUACACUGGAGCUCAGGGGUGGAUGUACACUGGUGGCUACUUCAGUAGGAACUACCAGGACCUGCCUGAUAUCUACUGAUGACCUGCUAGCCUUCACCCUCCUCCUCUUCCACAUCUGUAACCUGCAAAGAUCUGCCUGUCUUGAAUCGGAGAGAAACGAAAAGAACCUCACCUUAACUCUCAUCUUCAUCUCCCAGCCUCCACCACCAUCUUUAAAAGGUGACUCACUGGUGUCUAGUGAGUCUUCUGAUGAUUUUAUCGCCUUGGAAAUGAUACACCAUCUGUCACAUCAGCCUUACUUUCAGCAUCUUGUGUGAUUUUGUCACCUCAUGACCAGCAAACGUCCCAACGCCGUUUAGAGCACAAUAACCAUGUAAUUCCUGGCAGAGGGUUGGUAGCAGUUAACGGUCCUCAAACUCACAGCUCCAGUCUGAAUGUUUAACAUCUAAGAAAUCAAACUCUUUUCUCCGAGAAAACUGCUGCCUUCAUCCAAGGGCAGCCAAAUUUACAGAACUGACAUGUGUCAUAAAUGGAUAAAUAAGAGUAAAAACAAGAAAUAAUAAUCACAGCGAUGGGUUUGUGGACACGGAUGGACACCCAGUCGACGGAGAAAUCAGGGAUGUGAAUGCUCCUUUGACUGAAGACGGACACUGAGGAGACUUUUUCUUUAUAGGAAACUUUUAAAGACUAUCACUCUAAACAAUUAUAGGUGACAUAUUACUCUUUGAGGAACCAGUUCAUAUAUACUUGGCUAAAUUGGUAAAGAAACAUGCAUGAACUCAUUACUGUCCUCACAUCAUAAAACAUUUAGCAUCCGCUGUUACUCACCAAUUAAACUUCUAGUCCUGGUUUAUGUAUUGAAAUAAAUCACGACAGCUAGUAAAAAAAAUUGAUGUUUCCUCAAAAGCAGAGCAGAGUGUGCAGCAUGAGUGGGACCAAACCUGGAAAAAAAACUGUAAUAGAUGGAAACAGAAAAUAUCUGAGCUGUUGUCCUCAUAGAAAUCCAACUGUGCCGUCUUAACAAUGGGCCCAAAGCUCCAGCAUGUGUGGAAGAACAACUAUCAGUGGAACUGCCAGCAGAAAAUACAUCUAUAUACGUCAACAGUGCUUGUGCACGUUGGUAAAACUGCUGAUGUUUAUCGAUAAUCAAAGAGGCUUCACACAAGUGCAGAGGUCAGAUUUAUGUUUUGUUGUUUUUUUUUUUACCCUUCAAUUUAUACUUCCUUUCUUUUUCUCCCCGUUUACCAAGCGAGGAUUAAAGGGUAAAGCCUUGUGCAUGUCCAUUCCUGCAGCGUUAAGAGGCCUUCAGUGGCUUUGACAAGCUUGGCCUUACCUCCAUCUGCUUUGAGUAACAUAAAGUUAAAAAAAGAAAAAAAGAAACAGUAAAUGGAGCAAACCUGUGCAUUCAGUCUCUAAGUAAAUGUGCACAAACACUUAAAGCCAUAUUGAUUCCAGUGUGAUUGAGAAUUAAAAAACAUGAACCUCAAAGAUUUACACCUUUAUUAACCUCACUACCACAGUAGCACGAUUAAAGCCACUAACUCAUUCAGUUGGUGUAAUGUAUUGUACCACGCAGACAUAGAUAGACUGCACACUUGGUGGACUGAUGGAUGAUUACUGAUCAUGAUUACGUGAUUACCAGACACAAUCCCAGGGGUCUGAGAGGUGACCUGUAAAACACCGCUAACAGAAACAAAACUACAUAAGAAUCAGAGUGACUGCAGAGAAGCAGACCACGGCGUGAUGAAAAUGUCCACUGCAGAGUUACAAUGAAGGUAGUCAUUACCAGCCGGUGCCCAGGGCCUCACUGUUUCCUCCACCACACAGUUUACUGAGAAGAAAAAAACUUCUCCAACGAAUGUUAGCACAAAGGAAGGGAUAGUUCACAUUCUUCCCAGGUGAUGGAGCUUGAUGUAGACGAUGUUAUGGGCAAUGUGUCUUUCCUCAAAAAACUGACCCCAUCCCAGUCCUCCCAGCAGAUAUCCAUUUCCAUUCAUUACACCUGAGCAGGACUCAUUCCUUUUGGGGGACGAAGACAUGAAGUGUCUGUAAAUCUGGAGCGGGAGAAGAUUAGAUGAUAGGCGGUGAGAGAUUUUACUUUGAGUUUAUGUCACAUAACAGAUCUGAACGUUCCUUUGCUCUCAGAGUCAAAUAAGUAAAUGAUCAUUUCAUCUGUUGCUUUGCUCUUGCUAUGGUUUCUGUUUGCACUGGUGAAAAUGAGACGUUCUGACACGAACACCUCCUCAAGGUUUCACUUAAUGAAGUCAAAUCCUCUCCAGUGCUCGUGCGGAAACAACGGAGGACGUCCAGAUUUUUCACCAGUGCAUUCGAGAGUCAUGUUCACAAAACCAACUCUAUGCAAUGUUUGCACCUCAACGUAAGCUGCGUUUGUCUGAUGUGUUACAGUCGCUAUACAUUCCCCUCACACACCGACGCAUCCCCAGCUCUGCAGCUUCUCUCAAUAUUAGUCUUGUAGUUUAUUUUAAUAUUUUUCAGAUAUUUGAGAACAAAACAAAACAAAACAAAAAAUAAAUCACUCAUCGAGCUACUUGGCACUACAUCUGGCCACGUUGGCACAUCUUCCUUCGUUUGUUUAAAAGUGUGAGUCCAUGUCAUGAUUCGUGCCUGGAUUUGUCAUUUUUGCUUUCUUUUCUUUCUUUUUUUUUAUUCAUGUGUUGUUAUUUAUGAGGUUUUAUGAACAACUUCAGUUGUCUUUUUUUCCCACUUACGUAGCUAAAACAUUUUUCACUAUUUUACUUCUAGAUCAGAACAGGUUUUAAGAUGAGGGCUUGCGGAAGCUCCAGCUGAACACUUGCACUGGCUCAUUUGACCAGCUAGGACAGGGUGCUGGAAGGCAGGCCGUCUUUUCCACCAUGGAGUCCGCUCAGCUGCUCACAUUCACAAAUAAAACCCAGAAUGUAAUUACUUUCCUGGCUGCAAAUUCAGAGUUUUGUGUUCUUAAAAACCUAUUCUACCAACACUACUCCAGCUGCACUGUCACACGACAAUGAAACGACCGCUGGUCAAAUGCCACAGCUAUAAAUGAAUCUAAGGAAGAACAACAGGCGGUAAUAUUUCUGACUGUUGAGCUGACUGAAUGGUUCAAGCAGCUAGUAAACAUUCACCAGUUACUAACGCUCUGUCACUUAACCAGCUCUUAGUUUUAUGUUGCUUCGUGUGCCGCCUUUCUAUUACAAAUGUCUUCUGUUGGAAUUUUGUGUCAUGUGGUUGUCGAUGUUGUAUGUGUGUACAAGUGUUUCACAGAGGUAAUCGCAAGCAAGAUGGCAUAUUAUUUUGUGCAAUUGAUUUAUUUUUAUAGUAUUUAAACAGUCGUUUGGUGAGAACAUUGUACCAGAUGUUUUAUUUAGAGGUGGGGAACUGUGAGGGCUCGUAUCCAUACUGUGGACAGCUUAAUGAAUGGGGGAAAUGUCUACUAAUAAAAAUCCUAAUUUCA